GGCGAUGGCGGCGGAGGGGGACGUGGAGCUGGAGCUGGAGGCCGAGCCCAACGGCUCGGCGAGCGGCGCCGACGGCGGCCGGCCGGCCGAGAAGCCGCGCAAGCACGACAGCGGCGCCGCCGACCUGGAGCGCGUCACCGACUACGCCGAGGAGAAGGAGAUCCAGAGCUCCAACCUGGAGACGGCUAUGUCUGUGAUAGGAGACCGAAGAUCCAGAGAGCAGAAAGCCAAGCAAGAGCGAGAGAAGGAACUGGCCAAAGUUACUAUCAAAAAAGAAGAUUUGGAGCUGAUUAUGAACGAGAUGGAGAUAUCCAGGGCAGCAGCAGAGCGCAGCUUACGAGAACACAUGGGAAAUGUAGUGGAGGCACUGAUCACGCUUACCAAUUGA